UUUCUCCGCUUUCAAGUUGCAGUCUUGCGGUUCGGCGUUCGGCGCUCAAAGCUAAACCCUAGCUCAAACCCCGACUAGCCGGCGGCGGCAGUAGAGCGAGGGAUACCCGGAGAUGCCGCCGGCGGCUGCGGUUGCGUCGGCUGUGGAGAGGCUACAGGCGGCGGCGCAGGACGCGGCCAACUCCUCGUCACGCUCGGCCGCCGCGUUCUCCGAGCAGGCGCAGCAGGUCCUCGUGCCCAGGGCCGCCGGCCGGGUUGUUUCUUUGUCGAUGUGUACAAAGGUCAGCGCUAUUAGCUUUGCAGUUGGUGUGGUGGUAGGGUUCACGCUCAAGAAAAGGUUGCGCCGAUGGGCUGCUAGAGUGCUGAAGAGAAUCAAGGACGAUGAUUAGUGCAAUCUUUUUCUCAUUGCCUCCAGACUUUGUUCAGAACUAUGGCUGCUUAGUACUUCAGGAUGUUCUCAAGCUGACUCUUUGAGCGGUUCCAUAGAUUUGCUUUGAAUGUAAGUUUAUGAAUAUUACAGUAAUGUGGAAUGUGCAAAUGGUGAUAUUAUGUUGCUAAUAGCAGGGGUAUGAAUUGGUUGCCA